AUGCCGGGGGUUGUGGUUAAAUUUAGUAUCGAUGAAACAAUUCCACCGGUGAGGAAUGCAUAUUUUAACGUCCCCGCGGCAUUCCGCGAGGCUGCUAAGCAAAGGCUGAAACAAAUGGAGGAACAGGACAUAAUUGAACAGGUAACCACCGCGCCGAAUUGGAUCAGCGGCAUGUCGGCUGUCCCUAAAGGGAAAACUGACUUCCGCUUGGUCGUAAACAUGCGCGCGGCCAACAAAGCCAUCAAGCGUGAAUAUUUCCGCAUGCCACUUAUCGACGAUAUGACGAUAAAGCUCCAUGGAGCGAAAUAUUUUUCAAAGUUAGAUUUGAGCAAUGCAUUCUACCACCUCGAGCUCAGCCCGGAGUCACGAGACUUGACAACGUUUCUUUCCGAAUCUGGCAUGUACCGAUUCAAGCGGCUCAUGUUCGGCGUCAAUUGUGCGCCGGAAAUUUUCCAACGGGAAAUGACGAAUAUCUUGAAAGAUGAAAAAAAUAUCAUCGUGUAUAUAGAUGAUAUUCUCAUCUUUGGAGCCGUACUUGUUCAGGAGGACAUCAAAGGGUUACCUCGCGUAAUAAGCUUUGCGUCAAAGGCCUUUACAUCAACGGAAAAACGGUACGCCCAGAACCAGCGGGAGGCGCUUGGUGCAGUGUGGGGUGUUGAACAUUUUUCGUACUUCCUGCUGGGUCGUCAUUUCUUGCUGCGCACAGACGCACAGCGGGUUGCGUUUAUAUUGAAUCGAUCCCGCGAAAAUACAAAACGUGCUUUGACUAGAGCGGAUGGAUGGGCUUUACGUCUGAGCCCCUAUAGCUAUGACGUACAGUAUAUCCGGGGCUGUGACAACAUCGCAGACCCUUCGUCCCGACUCUACAUCGCGAAUGACGAACCGUUCGAUGAAGCUUGCAGUCCUUGGGAAAUUGCUAGCGUUGAGUCUAACUGCUUCGAGUUCUUGACAGAAGCCGAAGUGAGGGAAGCUACUGCGAAUGACGAGAUUCUCCAGCAAGUCAUAGUAGCACUUGAAACAGGAAAGUGGCUUAAAUCGCUCCGUAAAUACGAGUUAGUGGCAAAAGAUCUUACUGUUUCAAAUGGCAGGGCAUCCAAUGUCUGCAAAAAUGAGAAGCAUUCUUCGCAAAGGGUCUGGUGGCCAGGCAUUACAGCCGAUGCUGAAGAAUGGGUUGAUACUUGUCAGGUAUGCGCUACUACUGGUAGACCAGAGAAGCCCACCCCCAUGAAACGAUCGUUAGUCCCAAAGACAGCAUGGCAUUCCAUCGCGCUGGACUUUAAUGGUCCACACGCCAAAUUAGGCGGAGUGUCAAUCCUGGUAGUGGUAGAUUAUAGGUCGCGCUAUUUGAUAGCUCGUCCGGUUAAGAGCACAAGUUUUGAGAACACCAAAAAGGUUUUGGAUAACAUUUUCGAGCGCGAAGGAUAUCCUCAAAACAUCAAGUCGGAUAACGGCCCUCCUUUCAACGGUGAAGACUAUAAGGCAUAUUGCAGGGAGCGUGGAAUCAACACCAUCUUCAGUACACCUCUAUUUCCUCAACAGAAUGGCCUCGUAGAGGGGUACAUGAAACUUGUAAAUAAAGCCAUGGCGACUGCUCUCUCGAGUGGAACGAGCUACGAGAAAGAACUGCAAGACGCAGUUGAUGCUCAUAAUGCGGCGGCUCAUACAGUUACCAGAAUACCUCCCGAAGAAAUUAUGAUGGGCCGGAAAAUACGACGUCACUUGCCUCUACUGCUCGGUAAACAAUCAGAUCACGAUGAAGAUUUGAUCAACACCAGAGAUCGUCAGGCAAAGUUGCGAUCAAAAGAGUAUGAGGACUCUCGUCGUGGAGCUAGAGAGUGUCGCAUAAAGCCUGGAGACGUGGUAAUCACUGAGCGAUUGACACGGACGAAGGGAGAUACAAGGUUUGACCCAACUAAGCUAACCGUUGUGGCACAUAAUAACGGCAAUCUCGUGUUAUGCGACAAUAGUGGGAGAAACUUUCGUCGGCACGUUACCCAAACUUGUAAAGUAAGAGAAUGGAGGGACCGCGAACCUGUGGAGGAAAAUGAAACACAUGAACAAGUAGAGUCACGACGUUGUUCCAACAGGGAUCGAAAGCCUCCAGCGUAUCUGGAGAGUUACGUACGAGUCUGUGAACUCGAAGAUCUGAACCGUCGUGAAUUUAGAUAA